AUGGUCAAGAUUCUCUGCCUUCACGGUCAAGGAACCAGCGGCUCAAUAUUCAAGUCGCAGUCAGCCUCCUUCCGCGCCAAGCUUCCAACUGACUGGGAAUGGGACUUCCCAGAUGCACCCUACUCGGCUAAGGCACACCCUGGUAUCGAUGUCUUGUUCCGCAGCCCGACAUACGCCUGGUGGCUGGCUUCACAAGACAUCGUGAACGCUGUGCGUGCUGCUCACCUAUGGCUUGACGAAUACAUCGAGGACAACGGUCCUUACGACGGGGUCUGUUGCUUUUCACAGGGCUGCUCACUCGUCGGCACCUAUCUCUUGUACCACGCCAAGGAGAACCCACAACUUCCCCUUCCAUUUCGAUCGGCUGUUUUCAUCUGCGGAGGGCUGCCCCUGCCCGUGCUAGAGGACAUGGGACUUAAUGCGCAGGGCGCGUAUGAUUUGAACCAAAGAACUGUGGAUCAGAUGAAGGCUAAGAGCGCAAAGUUGUAUGACCUUGAGAAUUUGCCCAAGGGCCAGGGACUGUGGGACUACACCGCGGAUUUAGAGCACAAAGCAGACGAACUGCCCGAUGAAGCAGAUUGCUUCGGACUAGAUUUUACGACAUUUUCGAAGGACAUCAGGAUCAAGAUCCCAACUGUCCAUAUUGUCGGGGCGAAAGAUCCGAGGUGGUCGGCGGGUGUCCAGCUUGCGUACUUUUGUGAUGAUCGGAAGAUGUUUGAUCACAAAGGAGGCCACGACAUACCAAGAACAACUCAAGUCUCGUUGAGUAUCGCGGAGUUGAUCAACGGAGUUAAUGGAGUCUGA